GUCAAGAAGAACCGUUACUGACUGAAACUCGAGUGUGGCAUCUCAGCUCUUUUUUCUUUCAUGGAGUAACUGAAUACUCUGGACUUGUUGGAUCGAUUUACUGCACAGAGGGCGGGCGUCACAUCUCUGAUACUCCCUCACUGGACUCCCUUGCUCCUCAUCAAAACACUCAUCUCCCACCCGACAGGAAGGACAGGAGGAAAACAUCAUCUGUUUUCCACACUGGCAAGCUCAUCUAUUCACAGAUCCAGGGGACACAUUUCCUUCACAGAGCUCCUGUCUCAUUGUGGACUACUUGCCGAGACCUCCUGCUCUUCAGUUUGAGCCUGUUUUGGGUCUGUGUGUGUGUGUUUGCAUGCGUGUGUGUGUGUGUCUGUGUGUGAAAGACAGAAGCACGACUCUGAAAGCAGCGGCUAUCAUCUGUGAAGAUGUCUGCAGUGCGACUUCUGUGGGUCCCUGUGCUGUUGUGUUUAACAACACACGCUUGGCUCUGCCAUGGGGCGUGUGUGGAGGUGGACUCUGACACGGAGGCAGUGGCGGGUAAAGGCUUCAAAUUGGGCUGUAUCUCUUGCAAGAUGAGAGGGGAAGUGCCGGCCUCUGCCACAGUGGACUGGUGGUUCAUGGCCAAAGGCGAGAGUGAAUUUACACAUAUCUACAGUUAUGCAGAAAUGUCAAGCUACAUACUGGAUGACCACUUCGAUGACCGCCUGGCCUGGGGUGGCAGUAAAAAAACUGAUGAUGUGGAAGACGGCUCAAUUUACAUCCUCAACGUCACCUUCAACGACACCGGCACCUAUCGAUGCCUUUUCGACCGCAUGCUCAUCUUCCCCUAUUAUGAGUACCGCACCACCACCAUCAAGUUUAUCGCCCUCAACGUAGUGGGCCAUGCUACACGAGGCACGGCGUCCAUCUUAUCUGAGGUCAUGAUGUACGUGUCUAUCAUCGGGCUGCAGUUAUGGCUGUUGGUGGAGAUGGUCUAUUGUUACAGGAAGAUCGCAGCAGCGGGAGAGGAAGCGCUGAGAGAGAGCGAGGCGGAACAUUUAGCUAUAACCUCGGAGAGUAAAGAUAACUGUGCAGGUGUAGCGGUGGCAGAAUAACACAGGUCCAAAAAAAGUCUCAAGCUGAAAGCUUGAAGCUCCAUCCAUUAUGACAACACCAAGGCCUCCUCCAUCACCCACACCGGCGCUCCGC